GCUGUCAUAGCAAUAGGCUGUGAUCAGAAAAAGGCACUAAAAAAGUUGCUAUCUAAAAAGUUCGAUUGUGAUAGGUUAACGGGACAGUUGGUUUAUUCUGAUGAAUUAAAAAAGAUCCUAAAAAGAGUAAAAAUAAUAGAAGGGAAUUUAUUGUUUCGGCAGAGGAAAGAAACCGACUUACGAGAGCUUGAAAACCUAAGAAUCACCUCACCAAAAGGUCCAGCACUUAUUUUUGAAGACAAUGGAAAUUUGACAGAUAUUCGCGGGCUUCUUACCAUUGAUUUCAAAGGAUCGGCGCCUUACGUGACGUUCAAGAAAAACCCCAAGCUAUGCGAUGUGACCUAUAUGAAGGAGAAACUUUGGGAGAAAGUAGAAGGAGGGAUACCAUUUACCAACCGUUGCUUGUCAAAAUGCAAAGGUAGCUUGGUUAACGAUGAGUAUCUAAAAAAGCUUCCUAAACACUGCGCAUACAUUGAAGGGGACCUCAAAAUUAUGGGAAGAAACGGGGUGUCCAAGGACCUCAUGAAACUCAAGCAAGUAGAAACUGUAAAUGGUGCAAUUAUUAUAGCAAAUAAUUCUAAAAUACACGACCUUGAUUUUCUUAGCUACCUACGCAAAGUUGGAAAUAAAAAGAGAAAAGGGGCGGCAUUAUUAAUCUCUAAUAAUACUGGCUUAAGAGAGUUAUCACUGAUGAAUUUGGAAGAAAUAGUUGGUUCUGAACAAACAAAAAGUUCG